AUGGCUCCAUUCACUUUCAUUCUCUUGGCCCUUUCAUUUGUUUCAUAUCUGGCCUGGAAGAUCAUUAAAGCAGUUCAUUGUAAUAAAACACCGUCGGCACUCAAGAAGCUGCCUGGACCGAAAGGAUACCCGUUCAUUGGAUCUGUUCCUGAUGUACCCGAGAAAAACGGAUUCAUCAAGUUCGCCGAAUGGGGCAAAGAAUAUGGCCCUAUUUACCAGGUCCAUUUAGCUGGCACCAAUCACGUAUGGAUCUCCUCGGACCAGAUCGCGAAAGAUCUUUUAGCAAAGAAAGGAUCCAUAUAUUCCGACAGGCCGCAUAUUCCUGGUCUGAUCGAUGAUAAUAGAACGAGCGCUCAAUAUUUGCCACUGCUCAGUAAGAAUGAUGGAUGGACGCGACAAAGGAAGUUUGCGAACGUUAUCAUGCGCGAGUCAGAAGAAGCGCUUUUCCAUCGAUAUCCCGAGAUUGAGGCAAAGCGCAUGCUGGUUGAGCUACUAGAAGAGCCAGACCGCUACAACCAUACGUUAGAGUCCUUCGUUGCCCGCGUCACCUGUCGCCUGGCUUGGGGACGCAGCGAAGCGAGCGAUGAACUCAAGCAGCGUGCACGCGAAUUGCUUCUCGGAGUCUCUCCCACUGGGUCUUUUGCCAACAAGCUCCCCUUCUUAAUGGCCCUGCCCGACUGGCUUUCCCCCGCAAAAGCCUGGGAGCGAAGACGCGCCCGGACUGAGCGCUUCUUCUUCCAGAUCAUGCAGGGUGAAGUGGAGAAGGAUGCUCGGGAGGAGAAGGCACCUCAAUCGUGGAUGAAGAUCUUCCUUGACAGGCGCAGCAAAUGGGGCUUCAAGGAUGAGUUGGAGGGGGCAUAUGCUGUCGGUAUGCACGGCAUUGCGGGAGCGCUGACCAUUGCUGCGCCAAUGCAGACGUUUUGCCUGGCCAUGUGCUUCUACCCGCAGUAUCUACCAAUGCUCCACGAGGAACUGGAUCGGGUGUGCGGAGAACGUCUUCCUGUUGCAGAGGACCGGCCUAAUCUUCCCUUCUUGCGCGCUGUCAUCCGAGAGUGCCUGCGCUGGCGCCCCCCAGUCCCGACUGGCAUUCCCCAUGAGCUCACACAAGAUGACGAAUACAAUGGCUACCACAUACCGAAGGGUAGCGUGAUGCAUCCACUCGAGUGGGCCAUCGCUCGUGACCCUUCCAUGUUCCCAGACCCAGAGGCUUUCAAUCCGCUGCGCUGGGUCGAGCCUGGCUGGCCAACCUACCAGGAGCCGCUUACCCAGUUUCCUACAAUUAUCAAUUGCUCCCAAUUUGGAUAUGGCAGAAGACUAUGCCAGGGCCAGACUGUCGCCGACGAGGACCUGUUGAUAGGAAUUGGGUCGAUGGCGUGGAUGUUUGACAUGUCCAAGGAACAUAUGCCUGCUGCAGCAAAUGUCUCGAGCCACUCGAUUGGCAUGAAUGAACAUGCUUCCAUAUCCCAAGAAGAGCUCGAUACUGGGAUCGAGAAGUUCGAGUCUUGUACUAUGGAAGAUGUACUUUUAUCGAAGUACACAUACCCUGGAGCCUUCCCUGUCGGUCGCGACGAGGGAGAAGAGAAGAGGAUUGACAAGGGGAAAGAGCUUGCGGAGUUUGACCCUGCCCAUACUGAUCCUACGCUUGACUUUAGCACUUUGUUGAUCGCGAAACCGCUGCCGUUCAAGUUUGAGCUGCGAGCGCGUGAUGGGGAGCGCGCUGACAGAGUGAGGAAAUUGUUCCAAGAGGGAUGCGAGAAGGGAGAAUACAAGGAGAGUCGAGAGUUCUGGGGCGAGGACCAAGGGAAGGGGAAGCCUUGUGGGUGGGGAAAGAUGUGGCUGCAUGUAGCGUACGCGUACAGAAUGCACAAAAAGCCUUUUAAGGUUGCACUGCCGAAAACACGUGACUUCUCGAUCGACAGCCAGGCGUACCUAAACUCGCAUUGCCAACCGGUGACGUUGCUGAACACCAACUUCGGACGACAACACAGCUCUGAUGCUCCCCCACUGACCAUAUCAACACUGGCACGCUCGCUAGAGCAGUGCUUCGCUUGCAUUCCAAGAUCCCGUGCUCCUGACUCCAACAUGCUGGGCUUCACCGCGACGCGCAUCCAGGUCGCAACGUACCUGCUCGGCGUCGCGCUGUUCUCCAUCUCGUUCCUCGUCUUCCUCAACAGUUCGAUUUCCUUCGUCAUCACGCAGCGCAUCGGGCAGGCGCACAAUGUUGGCGACGCAGUGGGCACGUUGGGCUUCGCGGACGAGCUGGUGGCGCUGGUUGCGUGCCCGGCCUGGGGGCUGCUGAGCGACCGCGUAGGCGUGCGCAGCGUCGCCGUCAUGGGGUAUGCGAUUGUCGGUGUGAGCCUGUGGGUCUUCAUGGCGGCGAAAAACGUUUAUCCACAGCUGUUGCUCGCGCGGUUACUGUUCAGCUUGGGGGCCACUGCGACUGCUACUAUGGUCACUGCAAUUCUGCCUACCAUGACUGUCGUGCAGAUCGUGCAAGAUCCACGGACGCCUCGGAGACGCGUCAAUGGAGCAUCGCAUGCAUUGGCUCCUUCCAUCUCGUCCGAAUUGACGAUUACGCCUGCGCGCUUCCAGUCACGAUCCCCGCCACGCGAUGAUGAUACAAUUAUAAAGAAGGAUACAGCCGCUUCUACGUCGCAGCUUGCAGGACUGGUGGGCAUGUUUACGGGAUGUGGUGCGCUAGUGGCCCUACUCAUAUUCCUGCCGCUGCCUACACGCUUUGGACGCGGAGGCGCCGAACCAGCCGCUGCGGUUGCUGAUGCCUUCUACGUGGUUGGAUCCAUUGCCAUCGUCGUCGCACUCGGAUGCUUCUUUGGACUACGCCAUCUCCCUGGGGAGGAGGACAAGAGCUGGAAGCGUCUCUACCACACACCCGAGCACAAGUUCUCCGAUCCCACCCCGUCGCGCCAGCGCAUCCUCUCUUUCCCGCGCCUGUUCCUGGAAAGCAUCCGCCUGGGCUACCAAUCCCCGACCAUCGGACUAGGCUACGUCGGCGGCUUCGUAGCCCGCGCCUCCUCCGUUGCCAUCAGUCUGUUCAUCCCCCUCUUCACAAACACCUACUUCCUCCGCACAGGACAAUGCCGCGCCACAGACCCCGCCGAUCCUGCCGACAUCAAGAACUCGUGUCCACAGGCCUACAAACUCGCAGCCAUGCUGACCGGCAUCAGCCAGCUCAUCGCGCUCCUCUCCGCCCCGCUCUUCGGCUACCUCUCCGGCCGCUACAGGAAACAUAACCUACCCCUGAUGCUUGCAGCUGCCGCAGGCAUCGCAGGCUACUCCGCGUUCGGCUCCCUCGCGAGCCCGGAUCCUAAGAGCAAGGAUGGGUCUGGCGGCAUCUUCGCCAUCGUUGCGCUCCUCGGCAUCAGCCAGAUCGGCGCGAUAGUGUGCUCCCUCGCGCUUCUCGGCCGCGGCAUCAACGCCGACGACAGCGCGUCCCAUGCACCACUGUCCGACGAGAUCCUCCCUUCCAACGGCCACCCUUCGGCCGGCGCCACGCCCCCGCGCAGCCCGACACUCACGCCCUCGUCCGAAGACGCCCCGCUGCUGGGCACAAAUUACUCGCGGCCCGCGUCCUCAUCGGGCCCGGCGUCGCAUACGCAUCUCAAAGGCGCGAUCGCAGGGACGUACAGUCUGCUCGGGGGCUUUGGGAUUCUGCUGCUGACCAAGGCAGGCGGCGCGCUGUUUGAUUCCCGCGGGCCGGGCGCGCCGUUCUACAUGAUGGCGGGUUUCAAUGGGUUGCUGUUGGCAGUCGGAGUUGUUGUCGCGGCGGGGGAUGUGUAUAAGGGGAGGCAGGUGAGGGUGGAUAGGGACAGGGAGACGAGGUGAGAUGAGAUGAUACCCGUGGAGAUGAGGGAUGUGACGAUGCUAUGUUUGCUACGUAUAUGUACCG